AGCUCCCUUUCCAGACGCUAUUCUGGCCUACAGAACUCCCUUCGUUGGGUCAAUCUGACCCAAUUCAAGUCCAAUGCCCGGGCUCCCUGGCUAAUAUCAACAUUGGGCCUUCUAAGCUUCCUUUUCCGUUCAACCGAGAUCAGUGUCUGCCGGGCGAUUGAUCCCCUCGACUCUUGCCCUCCGUUGAUACAUCAGCAUGAAGUUGAACAAGAACGUAACGAGUUCGCGCCGGAAGCAGCGCAAGCGCCAUUUCGAGGCGCCCUCGCACAUUCGCCGACGACUCAUGUCCGCACCCUUGUCCAAGGAAUUGCGGGCCAAGUACGGUGUGCGGUCCAUGCCCAUCCGUAAGGACGAUGAGGUGACCGUGUUGCGUGGCCAUUUCAAGGGUCAACAAGUGGGUAAAGUGGUGCAAUGCUACCGUAAGAAGUUCUGCAUCUACAUCGAGCGAAUCCAACGUGAGAAGGCCAGCGGGGCUUCGGCCUAUGUGGGCAUUCACCCCUCUAAGGUCACCAUCGUUAAGCUGAAGAUGGACAAGGAUCGCAAGGCCAUCAUUGACCGACGAGCCAAGGGUCGGGCUGAGGCCACCGGCAAAGAGAAGGGCAAAUACACCGAAGAAUCGGCUACCAUGGAAACAUCUUAAAUGCUGGGACCACAUUAAGCACCAGAUUAAUAAAUGCCCGUUGUCUGCUAAA